GUGUCCAGCCACUUAAGUCUUAACCUAGAACUCGACUCCCUCACGGACCCUCUUGUCUUUAUCUUGCUUUGCUACGGGUCACCCACCUGUGGUCCAAAGGCUUUCAUUUCCAAUGAGCCAUGCGACCUACUCACCUUUGACGCGGAGGUCAACAGACUCCCAAAACGGCUAUGAAUUUGAUGCGACCUAUGCUCGCUCUCCCAUCAAGCAUACGUUUGAAGACAAAGAGCUUGAUGAGCUAGACUAUGAACUUGAUAGUCAGGACGAAACAAGUGCCAUAUUGUUAGAGGAAAUUCACAACGGUGUUCCAACUUCGCGUCGCAGAGCUACGAAAAAUGAUCCAUUGGACGACUCUCCUGCUGCUAUGGUACGCCGGAGUGUGCCGGAGACCGACGAUCCUAUGCUGCCAUCUUUUACUUUUCGAGUAGUUGUUCUCGGUACCGUGAUGUGUACGCUGGGGGCGUCUAUAAGUCAACUAUUUUACUUUAAAUCCAAUGCCCCUAGUUUCUCAGCGUACUUUGUGCUUUUGGUAUCAUAUCCAAUGGGAAGAUGGAUGGCUCGAAUUCUUCCUGAAUGGAAUGUCUCGCUAUUUGGCCAUUUUUCUUUCUCUCUUAAUCCUGGUCCGUGGUCAGUGAAAGAACACCUACUAGUGGUCAUAAUAGCACAAUCAGGAGGUUCUGCAUAUGCAUCGGAUAUCCUCGCCAUUCAACAGCUCUAUUACAAGCAAGACAUCGGAAUGUGGGCGGGAUUGGCCCUCAUUCUCUCGACGCAGCUAAUCGGAUUCGGCCUCGCAGGGACAUUGCAACGCAUCCUUGUGAAGCCCAUAGCAAUGGUUUUCCCUCAAAGCUUGGUAUACGUGGAUCUAUACCACAGUUUACAUCAGGCAUCAAAAGCCACACAGGAGAAACUACGAUUAUUCGCACUCGUAUUUGUUGCAUGUGUCAUUUAUCAGACGUUUCCCACAGUCUUGUUUCCUACACUCAAUUCGCUUGCGAUCUUAUGUAUUAUUGAUAACAGGAACUCCGUUCUUCGGAUUCUUGGGUCGGGCUUCAACGGUUUGGGGAUGUUAGACCUCAGCUUUGACUGGAGUAGUGUUUCCCUGGUUGGCCCUUUGUAUACACCGAUAUGGGCGCAAUGUAACAUCUACGCAGGACUUGCUGGGAUGAUGUUCGUGGUUAUGCCCAUACUGUACUUCUCAGAUUUCUGGGAUGCGACCAAGUUUCCAGGUCCCGUAUCAGCUGGUCUGUUCAACCGGGCGUAUCAAAAAUUUAACGUUCAGUCUGUUCUCAAUUCCGAUUUCACUCUGAAUGAGGAGGCAUGGUCAAAGGCUAGGCCUCUUCUUCUCACCCCCUACUUCGCGAUCACUUACGGGAUGAGCUUUGCAGUGCUUACUAGCGCCCUCAUGCACGUUAUCCUAUGGCAUUCCAAAGAUAUCAAACGGGCAAUAAAGGGGUCGCGAAAUGCCCAUGAUGAGGACAAUAUCCACAAUCGACUUAUGCUUGCUUAUCCCCCUGUACCGCCCAUGUGGUAUAUUGUUUGCUUCUCCCUUUCCUUACUUAUGGCUUUCGUUGUCAUUGAGAUGUCUCCACUACAACUACCUGCGUGGGGCUUAGCCUUAGCGGUAUGCAUAACAUUCAUCUUCCUCGUUCCUGUUGGAAUCAUAUUUGCGGUGAGCGGCACCACUAUUGGUUUGAACGUCAUAACAGAGUUUGUUGCCGGCUUUCUUAUACCUGGGAAGCCAAUUGCGAAUGUGGUCUUCAAAUGUUAUGGGUAUACUGCAAUGCAGCAGGCAAUGUCCUUAACUGCGGACCUGAAACUUAGCGUGUACAUGAAAGUCCCUCCAAGACACAUGUUUUCCGCACAAGUGUAUGGGACUAUAAUUGGAGGAAUUGUAAAUUAUUUUACGCUUAAUUCUGUAAUCGAUUCAAAACGCGAGUUGUUGGAUGGGACGCGAAUAGACCCUACUGGUCAAUGGACUGGUCGUGGACCGUCAAUCUUCUACUCCGCCUCCGUUAUAUGGGGACUCGUAGGCCCCGUGCGGUUCUUUACAGGUAAAUACUCUAUUUUAUACUGGGGAUUCCUGAUCGGAAUCGUGGUGCCUGUGAUUCCUUGGUACCUGCACAAGAAGUACCCCAAAUUGCCAUUUGAUAAAAUCUCGAUCCCCCUGAUUUGUAAUGCUGCGACCUUACCUCCUCAAAUCCCAACCAACGUCAUCACGAUGAGCAUAGCCACAUCAUAUUUCUUCCAGGGGUAUCUCCGUCGACACAGAACGGAAUGGUUCGAGAAGUAUCGAUACGUGUUGAGCUCCGCCCUUGACGCCGGUACGAGUGUCAAUGCGUUGUUAGUUUAUCUGAUUUUGGCUUUAAUUUUGGGUGGUUGGGAGGCACCUCAUUGGUGGCUGAAUUCUGCUCAGGAUGUUGAGCAUUGCAAACCUGGUUCAUAACUGCGCAGAUAAUGAAUACAUAGACACAACCUGAC